CGGCCGCGGGGCUGGGGGAGCGCGGCGCCGGCACCGGGCGGCGGCGGCGGGAGCCAGGUCUCUGGAUUUGUUAGCCUUGCAGGCUUCUGGCCACGUCUCCUCUCAGCCAUGAGGGGAUCAGAAGGAUUUAAUCUCUGUGUGCUCACCUGCAGCAUCCUGCUCUUGUCCUCCAGCCUGCCAUGCCUGGCCCAGCCUCUGGAGGAGGAGGAGGAUGUCACAAAGGUCCAGCAUGGCCCCUGGGCAGGGAAUGGGCUGCAAGAUGAAAGGACAGCCAUGGUGGGCUUGAAAAACAACCUGGGCCCUUCUGAGCAGACAACUUCUGAGGAGCCCUGUGCAGUGUCAGCACAGCCAUCUGGGACACCCUUGGGUGGAGGUGUCACUGCAGGAGGAGCAGCCCUCCCUGAGGGUGUCACUGCAGGAGGAGCAGCCCUCCCUGAGGGUGUCACUGCAGGAGGAGCAGCCCUCCCUGAGGGUGUCACUGCAGGAGGAGCAGCCCUCCCUGAGGGUGUCACUGCAGGAGGAGCAGCCCUCCCUGAAGGUGUCACUGCAGGAGGAGCAGCCCUCCCUGCCAGCCCCAGCCAUGCUGUACCCCACAGCCAGGGCCUGCAGGGUCCCCCCUCUGCUGGGACACUGCUUGCUGGCCAUGAGGAGGAGCUGGCUCCCACUGAGCCUCAGCUGCGUGAGGAUGAAGCCCUCAGGGCCAUGCUGACCACAGCUGUGACCACGCUGAGCCCUCCAGGCCAGGAGGAGUCUGGUGGCCCCGUUGGUGAGGCCACAACCGAGGCUGGGGUGGCAGUGGAGCCCAGCUCUGCUGGCCCCUCAGCAAAUCCCCUUGCUGGGACCACUGAGGAGGAGGAGGAAGCAGAGAGCAGCUCCCACCCCUCAGCUGUGCCCCAGCCCACACUGAGCCCCAGCUCUCCCAGCUGGGAAGCAGCAGCAAGUGACCUCCCUGUCAUCAUCCCGAGUCCCCAGGCUGCAGGUGUCACCUCUGGGCUGGGAAUGCUGAGAGCCCACACAGGGAGCCCCCUGAAAGCCCUGGCUCCACCAACAUCUGUGGCUGCCAAACCUCCCAUUGUGCCAACUGAGGCCUUCCUUCAGCCAGAAGCUGGGACAGGUGUCACCCAACAGGAGCCGCCCUCUAUGGCUGGCACUGCCACCAUCCCCCCCAUGGACACUGUGCCACCUGACUGGGAUGACACCAAGCUGGGGGACAUCACUCAAGGGAGAAGCACAUCUCAUGAGGAGCUGGAGACAACAGAACCAUCCCAGACCAGCCAGGGAGGUGUGGGGGAGGAAGAGGAUGCCACCAGAGCGGUGCCCUCCCCAGUGUCCCCUCCUGCAGCGCCUGAGCUUGCCAAGGAGAGCAACUGUACAGAGCCAGUGCAAGGGGAGGAGCUGCCAGCACCUUCCCCAGGCAGCAGCAGCUCUGCUUCCCACCCUGGGAGCCUGUCAGAGGCAGGCACAGCUGAUCUUGGCUCGCUGGAAAACAUCAGCGCAGUCACAGCAGAGGAGGAGAAGAGCGUCCCUCCGUCACAGCCAGAGGCUGCUGUGCUGACAGAUACCCAGCCUGAGCUCUCUCCUACUCUGCAGAGUUCAUGGAAAGGUGCUGCUGAGGAGGUGACAGCAGCUGCCCAGGAGGCUGCUGUGCCAGCUGUGCCAGAGGUGCCAGGUGCCACCCAGGGAGCAGGGGCUGCCAGCUUCCCUCAGGAGAACAGUGGGGAGGACACCCAGAUGCUGACAGCUCCCAGUGCCACCCAGGUGCUGCUGACAACUGGGGCUUCCUCCACAGGGAGCCCUGUGGAUGCAGAAGAUCUCACUGAUGGGAUCCUGGUCACCAGUGAGAAAGCUCUCCCAGCCCCUGGUGAGAUGUCUUCUGCCCCAGCUGGACAGACAGAGGAGCCAGCCAGCAGAACUGUGGUCCUGGUGACCCCAGCAUCAGUGUCCCCCUCUGCCAGGAGGACAGCUGUCCCCUCUGCCAGGAGGACCAGCACAGCUGGCACCUACGGGCUGGAGCGCCUGGAGUCUGAAGAGGGUGAGGAAGAGGAAGAGGAUGAAGAGGAGGAGGAGGAGGAAGAAGAGGAGGAGGAAGAGGAAGACGAGGAGGACAAAGACCUAGACCUGAUGGAUGAAAGCAUGGAGGGUGACACGGACCUGCCAGGCUUCACAAUUCCAGGAGAGACCUCCCAGGAGCCCCUGGCUGGCCUGGAGAACCCUGUGGCCCAGCUGGCUGGGGUGUCCUACCAGGUUCCUGACACCAUUGAGUGGGAGCAGCAGAACCAGGGGCUGGUGAGAAGCUGGAUGGAGAAGCUGAAAGAUAAGGCAGGAUACAUGUCAGGGAUGCUGGUUCCUGUGGGAGUUGGAAUAGCUGGAGCUCUCUUCAUCCUGGGAGCGCUCUACAGCAUCAAGAUGAUGAAUCGCCGGAGGAGAAACGGCUCCAAGCGGCACAAAAGGAAGCAGAGGGAAUUUAACAGCAUGCAGGACCGAGUGAUGCUCCUGGCCGACAGCUCUGAAGAUGAAUUUUGAGUGGAACUGCAGUGCCCUUGGGAGGGAGAGCCCGUGACUUUCCAGAGGAGGGAGAGAGGGGGAGGAGAAGAACGAGCGACUUUUCUGCUGCUGCAGCGCUGCUCCCUCGGCUGCCCCGGGCAGGGGUGCGUCCCCAGCCCAGUGACAAUGACAAUGACAAUGCUAUGCUCUACGUGUGCCACCCGUGGUGUUUGUUUUGAUACAGUAGUGGAGAUCUCACACUCCCUCAUUCAGAGCCACAGCUGGAGCUGAUCCGUGUGGAUGAUUAUUUUCCUCUUGCCCUGGUGUACUGUUUUGGUCCUGGCUGGCAGUAAUCUAAUCAUAACAAUAGCUCUCACCCAUCCCAGGAAUGGAAAUCUUUACUGUGAAUGACUUCUGUCCAAUUCAUUUUAAAUGUUACAUUACCUGAGCUAGAGUUCCUUAGUGCUAAGAUUAGCUGCUCUGCUUAAUUAAUGAGUUGUAAGCCUGGCCUGUACCCCUGGCUGCCCGAGAAGUGCCCAUGUACAGGGUUCUUGAUACAGUUUGAAGCACAUUUCUGCCCUUGGGUGCCCUCACUCUCACCCCUUUCUUCCUUCAGCUCUGCUCCACACUGCUUGGAGACACACAGGAAUGGCCUCAGCAUUGAUUCCACUCAAAAUUCCCUGUCCAUGUCCAACCAGCACUGUCUGUUACAGCACAAUAAAUACCAGCACUCAUCUACUGA